GAGAACAUCCGACGAGGAGGCGAAAAGGAAAAUAAUACUUCCCCAUUAAGCAGCGCCGAAAUUUAAAUUCCCAGUUUGCGCGACUUUGCAGAAAAAAAGAGAAAACAUAAAACAUAAAACAUAAAGCAAUAUAAUAACCUCCAGCUGGUUGUAUUGCAAUUUUUGCAGCCAUUUGGAGAAGGGUAUUUUUUACCAGUUUGCGGCUAGCUGCGAGUGCUCCUAAGCACAGCUGGUAAGAUUUUCCCCCGCUCGGUUGCAUUUGCUUUUCCAGCGCGAAAAUUAAGCAGAAGCAAGUCAAAUUUAGCGGCAGAGAUAAGCUGCCCUUAACUAAGCAAAACUUAAAACCAAUUUGUAUGGCCCUUUCUUUUAAAAACACCGUUAUGGGUUGGCCCCCACUUUGAACCUCCAGUUGAAGCGGAAGGCAAACGUGGCUUUGACUUCUCUUCGCAACAGAGGGGAAAAACCGUAUAGGGAGAGUCCACCACACUUGGCGGUAAUUGGAAGGGGGGUAGCAAAAGAGGCAUACAAGUACAUGUAGAUCUGUGCUGCGUUGUUUCCCCCUUUUGCUUCUCCACCAACGGGACGCAUACGCACGUGCGCUUAUAUACCCUCAGGAGACUCUCUCGAAAUGAGCGGAGACGCGGGAGACAGCCCGGAGGAAAAGGCAGAAGUGCAGGCGGCAUCGCAGGCGACAUUGCAAGUGGUAUCGGAGGAGGCCCCCCCGCAGGCAAGGGAAGCGGAGCCGAAGGAGAAGAAGAAAAAGAAAAAAAAGGAGAAAGGCGCCAAAGGGGAAAAGAAUGCCCCCAACGGUAAGAAGCACAAACAAAAGGAGCACAAAGAGAAAUCCCUCCAAAAUGGAAACGCGAAAGGGAAAUCCUCGGGGCGGGAGAAGAAGCUCCGCAAGAAGGACGCGCCGCAGGAGGAUAGCGACUCGGUAGGUGAUUUCAGCGAUGGUAGCGAUGGCAGCGGUGGAGGCAGCGCCCGCGACAGCGACCUGGCGAGUCUGGAAAACUUCUGCAGGGAGAACGACCUGAGCGAGCCCAGCUCGGAGGACCACCAAGCGGUGGACGUGGCCGAUAAGGACGACCACGAACAGGAGGGGAAGCCAAUCGAUAUGGCCUACGUAGAGGCGUACCUCAAUUCGGUGAGCAAGAAGACGAGGUUGAGCAAAGUGGUGAAGCUGCUCUCCAUGUUUCGAGACGCCCUGAACAUGUUCGUGGAUGACGAGGUGGAGGACGGCAUGCCGGGGAAGGGAGAAGUGGCGGACGAAGCAGAUCAGGGGGAGAAGCAGAAAAAGGGCUCCAAAGGGGGUAAGAAAAGAGGAAGCAAGCGAGGAACAAAGGGGGGAGACAACCGAAGCAAAACGAAGUACUCCAUGGACGUUGAUACAUCAAUUUUCACCGUCUUCAAUGUGCUGUACAACGUGGACGCCCUCUUCUACAACAUCACGAACGAGGGGUCGCGCGCGCUAAGGGUGUGGAAAUUGGAGAGCAUCAAAAAUAAUGAGAUGUACCAGGAGGAGAGCAGCCCACAUGGGGGUAGUACUCCACAGGGGGAUACCACCCCACAGGAGGGUACUACCCCACAGAACUGCAACCUGGAAGGCGCGAAAAACGCGGAGGCCCCCCAAAACUUGCACAUUUUGCAGAGCAUGCCAAACUACAAGCACCUGGAAAAGUACAAGCUGCUGAUCGUGCACUUCUUCAAGCAGCUCCUGGCUCGACUGCAAAAACUCAGCAACAGCGAUGUCUGCACAGGGGUGAUCAAAAUUUUGAAAAAAAAAAACAUCCUCAGAUGGAUAGUCAUACUAAACAUGGGGAAAAUCUUUUUAAAAAAAAUCUGCACAAUGUUCAUCCUGUCGAAGAAAAACGACGUCUACUUCUUCCUCUUCCUGUUAAUACAAAACAUGGUCCAGCUAUACAAUGAGAAGAAAAAAAUAAUUUAUAACAACAGCGUUGGCAGUUUGAAGCAUAAAGAAAAGGAGGAAAUUAAAAAGACCUACCAAUUGGAGAAACUCCUGUUUGAGGUGUACCAAAAUUUGAUGCAGAGAUAUUUGAUCCACUACGGAAGUAACUAUCAAAAUGUUUCCCUUUUGAACCACAUGAAAUUUAAAGAGAACUGCCUCAUCGAGUUGUUUACGUUGCUCUCCCACGAUGUGGCCUAUACCAUCACCUUUAGGUAUAUCCAAACUGUUAUGCAGAAAAUCAGGGAGGGCUUCAAGGUCACCUACGAGGAUGGCAAGAAGGGGGAUCUUCACACAGGAGAUGAGCAGCUAAAGGGGAGAAGCCAUAAGGCAGCCAAAAAAAAAAACACCCAGGCAGGAAAAAAAAAAAACGCACCAAAGGUUAACCUCAUAGACUUCAAAACAUUCCACCUGCACAGCAGCUACAUGAUGCUCCUCCUGAGAUUCCUAAUCAAAAUUAUAAAACUGUGCCACAACUUGGAUGUCCUCACGUACGGCUUGACUGUACUUAUAAUCGCCAUUUUGAAGACCAAAAUUAAUAACAUGAAAUAUAUCCCCGUCAAUUUACAGCUAAUUCAUAUGCUCAUUCGAAUUAUGGAGGACAAGAAAAAGUAUAUCCCCCUGUUCUCCUACUUCACCUGCAUCCUGAAUGGAUUAAAAUCCUAUCAGCAUGUCAGGACCAUUUCCAAAAAUCAACAAAUCAGAUUAACCAUCGAAGAUUUUGACAUUAACAUUUCCCUCGAAAUUGACGAAAAAUUAAUUUCAGAUUUUUCCAUUGCUCACCAAGUGUAUGAAAAGGUGUAUGUCCUUCUAUGUGACUACGUUGGACUGAUGGUACACCAUAUCUCCUUCCCCGAAUUCUUUUUCGCGAUCGAUUCGUUUUUAAAAAAAUACUUCUCCGAGUGUAAAGUGCAUGCAUUCAAAAUGAAAAUUAAAAACCUUCUUGUCUUGGCAAAAAACUCCAUCGAGAUUAUCCAGAAAAAGAGGAAAAACAGGAACAUCUACACUAUGCAUGAUAAAAUGAAUUUUUUUGGAAAUGAUAUCUUGCCGCUAUCUGGACACAGGCUGGCCGUCCUCGAGAGUUAUGAAAAUGCCUGCUUGGUGAAGUUGAAGGCCAGGAUUAGUGGGCUCGAGAAUAUUAAACACUCCAGCGAUGGGGAGGAUGAAGAGGAGGAUGAAGAGGAGGAUGAUCGGGAGGAUGAUCGGGAGGACGACCUGGGCGAUGACCCGGAGGAGCGUCCUUCCAAGCGGUGUGCCAAAAAAAGGAAGCGCGAAGACCAGCGUGCUGCCAACAGGAGCGGCAGCAAGGAGGACAACAACAAGAAGAAGAAGAGCAAAAAGAGCGAGAAGGGCGAGAAGCGCGAGAAGGGCGAGAAGAACAACAAUAGCAGCGGCAGCGGCAACAAUGACGACGGGCCAACUUCGGCGGCGGAAGGCCCCUCCAGAGAGGACAAGGUGGAGGUUUUUUCCAUGUCCAGUGAGGAUGAGCGGGAGGAUGCGGGGGCAGACGCCAAAUCGGAGUAA